AUGCGUCUCAACAUAGUUGCCCGCUUACUGGCCGCAAUGGCUGCGCCAGUCCUCGCUCUCCCUCAAGUCAAGCUCCCGCAGCUGCCAUCGACAAAAUUAACGACCGAACAACUAUACUGGAGAUCGUUCAAAAACCCCCUUCUAGUCUCCUCGCCAUCUAACAACCCGAUCAAUCUCAUUACACAACCCUCCGCCCCAUCCUCGCUAUCUGCAUAUCCUUCUGCCGCCCAACCCCCGGAUGUCUUCACUGUCACAACCGGUGCGCGAGUUCAAAUCUACUCUGUUCGGACUCGGAAGCUCCUAAAAACGAUUACCCGAUUUGAUGACACAGCACGGGGUACCGAUAUUCGACCUGAUGGACGUAUCAUUACAGUUGGCGAUGACACCGGUACUAUACAAGUCUUUGACGUGAAUUCUCGUGCUAUCUUGAAAACAUGGAAAGAUCACAAACAGCCCGUGUGGGUUACAAAAUUUUCUCCUAGCGACCCGACCACACUUCUCAGCACAAGUGACGACCGUACAGUUCGACUAUGGAGUUUACCAAGUGAAAAUAGUGAGCGAACAUUUACGGGACAUACAGAUUAUGUCCGAAGCGGUGCCUUCCUUCCGGGCUCCAUGGCUUCUGCCAGCAUGGUUGUAUCGGGAAGUUAUGAUAAAACAGUGAGACUAUGGGAUCCACGUGUCGACGGUCGCGCUGUGAUGACUUUCCAGAUGAGUGCUGCAAUUGAGAGCGUUCUACCAAUGCCUUCCGGUACGACAGUGCUGGCUUCUGCAGAUAACCAGAUUGCAGUCUUGGAUGUGGUGGGUGGCAAGCCUUUACAUAUGAUUAAGAGUCACCAGAAGACAGUUACAUCACUUUCCCUGGCAUCGAAGGGUGAUCGUGUGGUCAGUGGAGCUUUAGAUGGUCACUUGAAGGUGUUCGAUACGACGGGAUGGUCAGUCGUGGCUGGAUCGAAGUAUCCAUCACCUAUUCUUUCAUUGCGUGUUCUCACAUCCGGCCCUGAAAGGGAAGAUAAGCAUAUCGCUGUUGGUAUGCAAUCCGGCCUUCUCUCAAUCAAGACCCGGCUCUCGGGUGAGCAAAAGAUUCGAGAGCGAGAACGUCAGAAAGAAAUGCAAGCUUUGUUGGAAGGUCGAAUUGAAGAAUACGAUAAAAAGGAGGCAAGGAAAGCUCGUGGACGAGGCUUCGACAAGCGCACACGCGGUCAAGACUUCCUCGGCGAGGGAGUUGAUAUCAUCAUCCAAGGACAAGAUACCAAGAAGAGAAAGAAGGAAUCCGACUGGGAGUCCGCUCUUCGUCAUGCUCAUUACUCUGAAGCUCUAGAUCGAGUAUUAGCCGCUACCGACAAGACCGCACAACUAACACUCAUAACAGCGCUGCGACAUCGUUCGGCUUUAAGAACUGCAUUGAUGAAUCGUGAUGAGGUGACUCUCCAACCCAUCUUAAAAUGGGUUUAUAAGUAUAUCAUGGAACCACGACUUGUCAAUAUCUGCGCUGAAGUUGGGAUGAACAUACUCGAUAUCUACUCCGGUAAUCUCGGUCAAUCAGCAGAUGUGGAUGCGCAAGUUAUUAAACUUCACAAGCGAGUGCGAGAAGAGGUUGACCGAGCGCAACAGGCAUGGCAAACGAAAGGCAUGUUAGAUAUGCUCAAAGUUGCUUGAUGAUAUUGUUCUGAGAAGAAAAACUACAAAAGAAAAGUUUGGAUACCCUCAUGGAAUGGAGUUAGAUUGGCAUGACUGCAUGCGGGUGUUAUAUGUAUAGAAAUUUGAUGAUCGUUGAAUAAGUAAAUUCA